CAGUGUUCCCGCAAAGAGGAGGCUGUUAGGAAGACAGAGUCCGAAAGAGAAAAGAGCGAGAGAGAGAAGAACAGCCUUAGGAGUGAGAUUGAAAGACUCCAGGCAGAGAUCAAGAGGAUCGAGGAGAGGUGCCAGCGGAAGCUGGAGGAUUCCAGCAGGGAGACCCAGUCCCAGCUGGAGACAGAGCGCUCCCGGCUUCAGAGGGAAAUCGACAAACUCAAGCAGCGCCCGUGUGGGUCCCACCGCGAGACCCAGACCGAGUACGAGUGGUCCGUUGACUCCUCGAAGCUGGUGUUUGACGGACUGAGGAGGAAGGUGACGGCGUUGCAGCUGUACGAGUGCCAGCUGAUUGACAAGACGACCCUGGACAAACUGCUGAAGGGGAAAAAGUCAGUGGAAGAAGUUUCUUCUGAGAUCCAGCCUUUCCUUCGGGGAGCGGGAGCUAUCGCUGGAGCUUCCACUUCCCCUAAGGAGAAGUACUCUUUGGUAGAGGCCAAGAGAAAGAAAUUGAUCACCCCAGAAUCCACAGUCAUGCUCCUGGAGGCCCAGGCAGCCACUGGUGGUAUAAUCGACCCCCACAGGAACGAGAAGCUGACUGUUGACAGCGCCGUAGCUCGGGACCUCAUCGACUUCGAUGACCGCCAGCAGAUAUACACAGCAGAGAAAGCCAUCACUGGGUUUGAUGACCCAUUUUCAGGCAAGACGGUACCUCUGUCCGAAGCCAUCAAGAAAAAUUUGAUUGAUCGGGAAAUCGGAUUGCGUCUGCUGGAAGCCCAGAUUGCUUCAGGGGGUGUGGUGGACCCUGUGACCAGCGUCUUUUUGCCGAAAGAUGUAGCCUUGGCUCGCGGGCUGGUUGACAGAGAUCUGUAUCGGUCCCUGAACGAUCCUCGAGAUGGUCAGAAGAACUUCGUGGAUCCUGUCACCAAAAAGAAGGUCAGUUACAUGCAGCUGAGGGAAAGGUGCAGAAUCGAACCGCACACCGGUCUGCUGCUGCUGUCACUACAGAAGAGAAGUAUGUCCUUCCAGGGAAUCAGACAACCCGUGACCAUCUCCGAGCUGGUUGAUUCCGGUAUAUUGAGACCAUCCACUGUCAAUGAACUGGAAUCAGGUCAGAUUUCUUAUGAUGAGGUUGGUGAGAGAAUUAAGGAAUUCCUUCAGGGUUCAAGCUGCAUCGCAGGCAUCUACAGUGAGACCACAAAACAGAAGCUUGGCAUUUACGAGGCCAUGAAAAUUGGCUUGGUCCGACCUGGUACUGCCCUGGAGCUCCUGGAAGCGCAAGCAGCUACUGGCUUCAUGGUGGAUCCUGUUAGCAACUUGAGGUUACCGGUGGAGGAAGCCUACAAAAGAGGUCUGGUGGGCAUCGAGUUCAAGGAGAAGCUCCUGUCUGCGGAACGAGCUGUCACCGGCUACAACGACCCUGAAACGGGAAACACCAUCUCCUUGUUCCAAGCCAUGAACAAGGAACUCAUCGAAAAGGGCCACGGCAUCCGCUUGUUGGAAGCGCAGAUUGCAACCGGCGGGAUCAUCGACCCGAAGGAAAGCCACCGCCUGCCCGUUGACAUAGCGUACAAGAGGGGCUACUUCAAUCAGGAGCUCAAUGAGAUUCUCUCGGAUCCAAGUGAUGAUACGAAAGGAUUCUUUGACCCGAACACUGAAGAAAACCUGACGUAUCUGCAGCUGAAAGAAAGGUGCAUUAAGGAUGAGGAAACGGGGCUGUGUCUUCUGCCGCUGAAAGAGAAGAAGAAACAGGUGCAGACCUCACAAAAGAAUACCCUCAGGAAGCGCAGGGUGGUCAUAGUCGACCCGGAAACCAACAAGGAGAUGUCUGUCCAGGAGGCCUACGAGAAGGGCCUCAUAGAUUACGAAACCUUCAAAGAACUGUGUGAGCAGGAGUGCGAAUGGGAAGAAAUAACCAUCACCGGAUCGGACGGCUCCACCCGCGUGGUCCUGGUAGACAGGAAGACGGGCAGUCAGUACGACAUUCAAGAUGCGAUUGACAAGGGCCUCAUCGACAGGAAGUUCUUUGACCAGUACCAGGCCGGCAGCCUCAGCCUCACUCAGUUUGCUGACAUGAUCUCCUUGAAGAACGGUGUCGGCAACAGCAGCGGCACCGGGGGUGGCGUCGGCGAUGAUGUCUUCAGCAGCUCGCGACACGAGUCCUUAAGCAAGAUUUCCACCAUAUCCAGCAUCAGGAAUUUAACCAUCAGGAGCAGGUCUCUGUCUGAACCGCUGGAGGAAUCAAGCCCCAUCGCAGCCAUCUUCGACACGGAAAACCUGGAGAAGAUCUCCAUUACGGAGGGGAUAGAGCGGGGCAUCGUUGACAGCAUCACUGGGCAGAGGCUUCUGGAGGCUCAGGCCUGCACGGGCGGCAUCGUCCACCCAACCACUGGGCAGAAGCUGUCCCUCCAGGAUGCCGCCUCCCAGGGCCUGAUUGACCAGGAUAUGGCCACCAGGCUGAAACCUGCUCAGAAAGCCUUCCUUGGCUUUGAGGGAGUGAAGGGAAAGAAGAAGAUGUCGGCGGCAGAGGCAGUGAAAGAAAAGUGGCUCCCCUAUGAGGCCGGCCAGCGCUUCCUGGAGUUCCAGUACCUCACGGGGGGCCUGGUUGACCCCGAAGUGCAAGGGAGGAUAAGCAUGGAAGAAGCCAUCAGAAAGGGGUACAUCGACGGCCGGGCAGCGCAGAGGCUGCAAGACCCCAGCAGCUACGGCAAGAUCCUGACCUGCCCCAAAACCAAGUUGAAAAUAUCCUAUAAGGAUGCCAUGAAUCGCUCGAUGGUGGAAGACAUCACCGGCCUGCACCUUCUAGAGGCCUCCUCGGUCUCCUCCAAGGGCCUGCCCAGCCCUUAUAACAUGUCUUCUGCCCCAGGCUCCCGCUCUGGCUCCCGCUCUGGUUCCCGAUCCGGUUCCCGCAGUGGGUCCCGGAGAGGAAGCUUCGAUGCAACGGGGAAUUCUUCCUACACCUACUCCUACUCCGUUAGCAGCAGCUCUAUUGGGCACUAGGAGUCGGUUGCAAAUGGUUGCUAGACCUUGGCUUUCAUUUAUAUGAAUUUUCACUUUACUAAAUAAUAGAAAAAGAAAACCUUGUGCUUAUAGGAUAGUGAUAGAACUUUCUGGGCUUAAGAAAACGUAGCCAUGGGGGGAAUCAAAUGGUAAAGGCUGUUCUGGCUUUUUGUCUUCUUGGCUUACCUGAACUAACGUCAUACACCGGAUGUAGUGUAUAGGAAGUAGUCAUCAGUUGUAAGGAAAACACAAAUUGAAUCUAGAGUUUGUUUCUUCUCCUCUGUCUUUAGAUUUUUGAGUGAUGCUUCUUGAACUUCUUAUGGCCUAUAAUCCAGAUUUCUGUUCUUGGAGAUAAAAAUUAAAUUGACCUUGUAGUCAUCAGUCUGUGUCUCAUCUAAAUAUUUCCAUUUUCUGUAUGAGGAGAAAAUUACCCUAUCCCCCCGCUCCCCCCGCCCCCCACAAAAAGAAUCCCCCUCAAACCCAAGCAUUUUGGAAUGAGUCUCCUUGGAUUGCAUGACCCAUGUACUCUCAAGUGUACCUGUUUGGUUUGGUAUUCAUUUGACUGUAUGUGCAUGAUAGUAGCAAUCUUUGCUGUUCUUUGGUCAAAGUUUUCUGUUUAUUUUGCUUGUCAUUUUCUAUGUACUUUCAAAGGUGUCUUUAUGAAGUUUGCUAUUCUGGCAAUAAAGUUUUAGACGUUUGAA